AUGACUCUCUUCCUCUACAUCAUUAAUUCGUUGGUGCGCUGGGUUCGGCUGAAGAUAUACCAAUAUGAGGUGACCUUCGCCGUAUACAUGCUUACGCCAACCGAAAAAUUCAUUUUUAACUCGAUCCUCCUCACCCUCAUCUCGAUGAUUGUAACCGGCAUCUACGUCUACCUCCCCAAUCACAUCCGAGUCGUCUAUGGUCACCUUUACUACUACUGGGCUGGCGAGCGCCCGUUUAUCUCUGCGAGUCUCCCAUCCUUCAGCUCCGUGUUCAGGGAGACCGGUACCCAGACUCUAGGAGUAAUGUACGAAACGGCCAAAAAUGCCGCUGCGACGGCCACUGCUCCAAUUGCCGAGCUAUGA